CUCCCGGCCAAGCAGCUCACACACUUUGCCACCGUCCACAGCGGCACUGUGAACAUGGUGAGCGCCUCUGCCGACGGGCUCAGCCUCUCGCACCGCCAGCUGCAGGCCAAGGAAGGCAGCCUCAGCGUCAGCACCUCCUUCGUCACCCAGGCGGCCUGGUGUGUCCUCCCCUCUCGAAUCCUGCUGGUGCUGACGUCACAGAAAGGCAUCCAGAUGUACGAGGCCGAUGGGUCCAUUAUGGUUUACUGGCAUGCUCUGGAUGCCUCAGAGUCGUCUCCAGGACAGGCCGUCUUUGCUCGUGGGAUCGCAGCCUCCGGCCAGCGCUUUGUGUGUGUGGGGACAUCGCUGGGCCACGUCCUCGUGUUUGACAUCCCCGGCAAGGGCACCAACAUCACGCUGAGUGAGGUCCUGGAAGAGCACCAGGGGGCUGUCACAGAUAUUGCUGCGGAGCUCCGUGAGCAGCCGGAAGGAAGCAUCGACCUGGUGACUGCGGACGACUCUGGAGGGCUGUGUGCCUGGCGGUCGGGGGAGGAAUUCCAGCUGGUCUCUAAGAUCCCAGCUUCCGGGGGCUCCUGUUCAUCUGUCCGCCUGUGGAACGGGGUGAUCGUGGCUGGUUAUGGCAGCGGGCAGAUCCGUCUGUAUGAGGCCGCCAGCGGCACCCUCCGAGCUGAGGUAGCUGCUCAUGCGCGCUGGAUCUACGCCCUGGACGUGGCUCCGCUAUCGGGGAAGCUGCUCUCGGGGGCCGAGGACUCCUUUGUGGCGGUCUGGAGGCUGACUUGCAACCCAGACACCGAAGGCAUUGAGAUCAGGCACUGCCAGACGGAAUGCGUGAUGGACACCCAGAUCUGCGGGGCCCGCUUCUGCGACCCAGAGGGCAGGACCUUCGCUGUCACCGGCUACGACCUCAGCGAGAUAAUCCGCUAUGCCCAGCUGUAGCUCCCCUCCCCCAUGCGGGAAUGGUGGGGGGCAGACA